UAGCCGCUUCUUUUCACUUCGCGCUCACGAGUCUCUCUCUCGCUUGUUUCUCUCUCUAACUUCAAAAUUCUCUCUAACUUCAAAAAUUUUUCUCUUAAAGCUUCGAACCUAACGUUAAUGGCGGCUUUUCUCUUAUUCACUGAGUGCACCCUUUUCGUUCUCAUCUGAAAUUCACAUAUUUUAAGCUUCAGAAUGGCCGCCAUUGGAGUUUCUCUAUCUUCUUUCUCUCUGUCUGAAGGUGAAUCUUUUUCUUUAUCCAAGCUCAAAUACCCUUCGUCCAGUCCCUGCAAGUGGAUUCUAGAGAGAGAAACUGAUUUCGGUAGACUCAAGAAACGGAACUCCGCGACCAUGAAGGCUUUGUAUACAGAAGGGGUUUUGGUGCAUAAGUUAUCGCAGUCUAUUAUUGCAAGCAAAUGGAUUCUAGAGAGAAAAACCUCCUUUCAAAGAACCAAGAAAUGCAUCCUCUGCAAAUGGAAUCUAGUGAGAGAAAACCCCCUUCAAAGAGCCAAGAAAGGGCAUCCUGAACCUGUAAAGGCUGUUUACACAGAAGGGGUUUCAGCUCCCGGCUCUUCAAUGGCAGUUCAAAGAGAGAAACAGGACUCAGAAUCUGACCCCAUCUCCAUUUUGAACGAGAGAAUUCAACGAGAAAACAGCAACAGAGCAAAUUUUAGGACUGCAAUGGACUCAGAGGAAGCGGAGAAAUACAUUCAAAUGGUGAAACAACAACAACAAAGGGGCCUGCAAAAAUUAAAAGGAGAUAGGGAGGGUAAAUUAGAGGGUUUCAGCUACAAAGUGGAUCCUUAUACUCUCAAAAAUGGUGAUUAUAUUGUGCACAAAAAGGUAGGAAUUGGAAGGUUUGCAGGGAUUAAGUAUGAUGUUCCGAAGGGCUCAACUCAGCCGAUUGAGUAUGUUUUCAUUGAAUAUGCGGAUGGAAUGGCAAAGCUCCCGGUCAAGCAAGCUUAUCGAUUGCUCUAUCGCUACAAUCUACCAAAUGAAACAAGAAAGCCACGAACAUUGAGCAAAUUAAAUGACACUAGUACAUGGGAAAAGAGAAGAAUAAAGGGAAAAAUUGCUGUCCAGAAAAUGGUUGUUGAUUUGAUGGAGCUAUACCUGCAUAGGCUCAAACAGAAAAGGUCCCCUUACCCCAAAAAUCCUGCAGUGUCCGAGUUUACUUCUCAGUUUCCGUACAAGCCUACUCCAGAUCAAGAACAGGCUUUUAUUGAUGUGGAAAAGGACUUGACAGAGAGGGAGACUCCAAUGGACAGAUUGAUAUGUGGGGAUGUUGGAUUCGGCAAAACGGAGGUUGCACUCAGGGCUAUAUUUUGUGUAGUCUUGGCAGGAAAACAGUCUAUGGUUCUAGCACCAACUAUUGUCCUAGCCAAGCAACAUUUUAAUGUCAUUUCAGAACGUUUUUCUCGGUAUCCUGAGAUUAAAGUUGGACUUUUAAGUAGAUUUCAGACCAAGACAGAGAAAGAGGAGUAUAUUGCAAUGAUUAAACAAGGGCUUUUGGAUAUCAUUGUUGGAACUCAUGCACUUCUUGGGAACAGGGUUGUGUAUAACAAUCUUGGUCUUCUUGUUGUUGAUGAGGAGCAGAGGUUUGGAGUGAAACAAAAGGAGAAGAUUGCUUCAUUCAAGACUUCAGUGGAUGUUCUCACUCUUUCUGCUACGCCUAUACCUCGCACCCUUUACUUGGCAUUGACAGGAUUUCGUGAUGCUAGUUUAAUUUCAACUCCACCUCCAGAAAGGGUGCCUAUUAAAACUCAUCUUUCAUCAUAUAGUGAAGAAAAGGUUAUUUCAGCAAUUGAGUUUGAACUAGCUCGUGGGGGUCAAGUUUUCUAUGUUCUGCCUCGUAUUAAAGGACUUGAAGAAGUCAUGGAAUUUCUUGAACAGUCAUUUGCUGGUGUUUCAAUGGCUAUUGCUCAUGGGAAGCAAUAUUCUAAACAAUUAGAGGACACGAUGGAAAAGUUUGCUCAGGGAGAAAUCAAGAUCCUUUUAUGCACAAACAUAGUCGAAAGUGGACUCGACAUUCAAAAUGCCAAUACCAUAAUUGUUCAAGAUGUUCACCAGUUUGGACUUGCACAGCUGUACCAGGUACAGCCAUGGUGCUCCUUGCUCUACCCCUCAAAGAACUAUUUAGAACUGCGUGGAAGGGUUGGUCGAGCAGAUAAGGAAGCACAUGCACAUUUAUUUUACCCAGAUAAAACCGUGCUGUCUGAUGAUGCAUUGGAGAGACUUGCAGCCCUUGAAGAGUGUCGAGAUCUUGGCCAAGGUUUCCAGCUGGCAGAGAGGGACAUGGGAAUAAGAGGGUUUGGAAAUAUUUUUGGUGAGCAACAGACUGGAGAUGUUGGAAAUGUCGGAAUUGAUCUCUUCUUUGAGAUGCUUUUUGAGAGUUUAUCAAAGGUUGAAGAGCAUAGAUUAGUGUCAAUCCCUUACAGAACUGUCCAGCUUGACAUUGAGAUAAGAACUCAUCUUUCUUCGGAGUAUAUACAUCACUUGGAUAACCCAAUUAAACUAAUUGAUGGGGCUGAAAAAGCUGCUGAAAAAGACAUUUGGAGUUUGAUGCAAUUCACAGAACAAUUGCGCCAUCAAUAUGGAAAAGAGCCACAUCCAAUGGAGAUGCUUUUGAAAAAGUUGUAUGUGAAACGGAUGGCUGCAGAUCUUGGUAUUAGUAGAAUAUAUACCAUGGGUAAGAUUGUGGUGAUGACCGCCAACAUCAGAAAGAAAGUGUUCAGGCUAAUGGUAGAGUCAAUGACAUCAGAUACCUUUCGAAAUUCAUUGGUCUUUGAUGGUAACCAAAUUAAGGCAGAGCUUCUUCUGGAGCUACCCAGUGAACAGCUCCUCAAUUGGGUUUUCCAAUGCUUAGCUGAACUUCAUGCAUCGUUACCUGCACUCGUGAAAUACUGAGUUCUUUGUUAUAAGCUAAGAGUUAUUGGACUUCUCUCUUUGCAGUGAAAUACCGAGUUCUUUGUUAUAAGCUAAGAGUUAUUGGACUUCUCUCUUUGCAGUGAAUCGCAGUGGUAAAGCGAUCCCUCAGGAAUUGGGGAAAUUUCUCUCAAUAUAUAGGCCAUCUUCCAUUAAAUUAUGGAUGCUUCUAUUUGAUCCAUAGACUCUUACUGUAGAUGAAGCUUGGAUGGCCAGCAUACAGUACGAUAUUUUCAGGGAUUUGAAACUAACCAUACAGUUGCUACUUUUCAAUCUUUACACAAUUUAUUUUCUUGUUGAAGGUGGAGUCACUCAUAAGCACACUAACUAGAUACUGGGUUUGUCUGACAUUAACCGACUGUCCGAAUGUUUCAAGAAACCAACCUGAUUAUCAUCUUUGACUGACUCAGGCUUUAAUCAAAUCAUGGAUGGGGGGAGCAUUCAAUAAGCCAGGCUGGAGACUGCUUGCCUGAUGUAGUUAAAUGGCAAUUUGGGAUAUGUGAUGUAAUGAAUUAGCAUGCAACUCUUGUACACCCGCAGGAUGGCAUCAGACUUGCCUCAGGCAGGACCUGGGGGGACCUGGGCUCAUGUCCCUCAUUCGUCGAACCCGACUCCAACUUUGUAAGCAGUGAUCAGGACAUUCAAAUAUUGUUGGAGUGCCCAGGGCACUGAUUCAAUUUGUUUAUAAACAAAACAGUUGAAAGGAAAAAGUGUAGAAUACUCCAAUGGAUAUCACCCAUGGUUAACCUCCAAUCAUCUAUGUGAUUAGCCUUGGACAA